UUCCAACCAAUGGGAGAAGGUCGUACGCGGAAGUGUACAUGUCUGUUGACGUGCUUUCCCGCUUGUCACCUCGCCGGUGGAUUUCAGGCUCGCAUGGAAGUUACAUCAGCAGUCGGCGGCCCUGACAGGAGGGCAUUCGGCCAGUUUUCUGUGGGUUCAGUUGGCAGACAUGGUGAGACACCACAGCAUGAUGACGGAGUUACAAGCCUUCAAGCACUCACCCCAGUUUCAGGGCAACUCCCUGGCUGCAAGCCAAGUAGGGCAGUGUUAUGAUGAACAGCCGCACAAUGGGAUGACUUCAGAGGACAAGCAGCACCUGGUUCAACUCCCAGCAGAAGUUGAGCUCAGCCAGAGCGAGCCUUUGAACAUCCCAUAUACAUCCAAACGAAAGAAGAAGAAAAGAUCAAGAGCGACAGACAGCUGCACUAGCACUUUUGAUGACCUGUACAAGUUAACGGAUGAGGUUCUUGGUCAGGGGGCCUUUGCUAAAGUCCAAGGAUGUGUAAGCCUGCAGAAUGGACGGGAGUAUGCUGUGAAGAUCAUUGAAAAGAACGCAGGACACAACCGCAGCCGAGUCUUUCGAGAAGUGGAGACUCUCUACCAGUGUCAAGGAAACAAGAACAUUCUGGAAUUGAUUGAGUUCUUUGAAGACCACACUUGCUUUUAUUUGGUGUUUGAAAAGUUGCGAGGAGGCUCCAUUCUUACGCACAUCCAGAACCGGAAGCACUUUGACGAGCUGGAGGCCAGCAAGGUUGUACGCGACAUCGCCCAAGCUCUCAACUUUUUACACACAAAGGGUAUUGCUCACAGAGACCUCAAACUGGAAAAUAUCCUUUGUGAAAACACUGAUCAAGUGUCACCAGUUAUGAUCUGUGACUUUGACCUGGGAAGUGGCGUGAAACUCAGCAGCGCCUGCAUGCCAAUAACCACUCCUGAGCUUACUACGCCGUGCGGCUCCGCAGAAUACAUGGCUCCUGAAGUGGUGGAGGUGUUCACUGAUGAAGCGUCCUUCUACGACAAGCGCUGUGACCUGUGGAGCCUCGGGGUCAUCCUCUACAUCCUGUUAAGUGGCAGCCCCCCUUUUACGGGCCACUGUGGCAGCGACUGCGGGUGGGACCGGGGGGAAAUAUGCCGCACGUGUCAGAGUCACCUGUUCGAGAGCAUUCAGCAGGGCAAGUACGAGUUUCCUGACAAGGACUGGGCUCACAUCUCACACGCAGCCAAGGAUCUCAUCACCAAGCUGUUGGUGCGAGACGCCAUGCUGCGCCUCAGUGCGGCUCAGGUCCUCCUGCACCCUUGGGUCCAGGGGAACGCACCAGAGAGAGGUCUUCCAACUCCUCAAGCCCUACAGAGGAACAGCAGCACCAAAGACCUGAGCCUGUUUGCAGCAGAAGCCAUCGCCUUCCACAGGCAGCUCUCUCAGCACGAGCAGCAGCAGGAGGACUCGGCCGUGGCAGUGGUUUGUUCCAUGAGGCUUUCUCCUCCGUCCAACUCCAGACUGGCUCGCAGGAGGGCACAGUCCAUCGCCCUGCGCACCACAGACCACACUUCUCAACUCACGGCCUGAAAGCCUCCUGCUCAUCCUGCUUUUAGACCUUUUGGAUCCUCUGUGUUUUUAGCAGCCUCUUAUCACUUGGCAGUUCUUCCUCUUGGCUAGAGUCCGGACUUGUAUCCAGGAUGCACGAAACCCUUCCCCCCACACCAGAGACUUAAAGUUACAUUUGAUCUUACCACAGUUUUAAUUUUCUUACCUUUUUUAUUUGUUCUUUUAUGAAGCCUAUCCCAGCAUGUGAAGUGUUUCCAAUCAUUAACUUUUCUCAAGCUAUUUUCAGAAAAGCUGAAAGCUGACACAAACUACCUGGAGCACUGAUGUACUUUAAACCUGCUUGACUCUAGAAGGCGUUUACACUUCACCUGCUUUGUGUGCGCUCUUUAUUUACCUCUUGAAGAGACCAGAGGAACCUCAAAGUCAGUGAGACGACCUUUUCUGUCUUCCAACUUUAAAUAUGUCCACAGGUCAUUUAAAUAAUUACUUUAUAUAGAAUGAUGAAAAAGGGUUACUGGUUUUUAUUUUUAUAUGCUUUUUAUUGGUGUCUUGUUCAGUCUGUUUGUUGCGAGUGUACCAAGAAUGAGAGUAUUAUAUUGUAUCACUUUCCUUUGUCAUGAGCCCAUGUUCGUGUUUCCACCUGGUUGCCAUGGACACAACAUCUCUAUAGCAACAACUCGCUGCCUAAAAGUGCAAUAGCAAUUAUUUGUUAGACGAAUAGCCUUUUAUCAAACAUGUUUAAUCACCAUUAAGUAAAGUGAGAUCAGUAUGCUGUAAAACGGAGGGAGGACGUCUUCCAUUUAUAUUUUACAAAUUGUCAUCAUGCAUAAAGUAAGCUCUUUGGAGCAUAUUUUUACUGGUCAAUAAACAAUAUCCUUUAUUACU